AUGGAUAAUCUACCUAAGGACAGAGUCGUACCUACUAGACCUUUCGAGAAGGUCGGAUUAGAUUUCGCAAGACCUAUAAUCACGAAACCUGAUUUGAAAAGGUCAAAGGUGACUUUAAAGUCUUAUAUUGCAUUAUUUAUCCGUUUUUGCACUAAAGCAGUGCAUUUAGAAGUCGUUUCUGAGUUAACAACAGAAGCUUUUCUAGCCUGUUUACGAAGAUUUAUUGCCAGAAGAUCCAAACCAGCCGUUAUCUGGAGCGAUAACGCCACGAAUUUCAAAGGUGCGAGAAAUAUUCUUAAUGCAUAUAAUGACAUUUGCAAAUCUAACCCAAUUCAAGGAUUUAGUGCAGAAGAAGGCAUCCAAUGGAAAUUUAUCCCACCAGCUUCUCCUCACUUUGGCGGACUGUGGGAAGGAAACAUAAAAUCAGUGAAACGGAUUUUGUUAAGGGUAGCGAAAUCAGCUAUCAUGAAUUUUGAAGAGUUAACUACUUUAGUUACUCAGAUAGAAGCAUUUCUGAAUUCCCGUCCAUUAUCACCACUUUCUUCCGAUCCGAAUGACUUACAGCCUAUAACUCCGGGACAUUUUUUAACAGGAAGUGCUAUGUUAUCCUAUCCUGAACCACAUACUGCUUCGGAUUCUCUUUCUUUUCAUUCCAGGUAG